CCUUAAUGAAACAAUUUCCAAACAGAUAUUAACCAAACAGAGACAAGGAAGGUUGUGCAUGCAAUGGAGACUCAAAGUGUUCAGCUUCUGCUGCUGUUGUGUGCUGUGUCCACCUGCUGGGGACAAGUCUACCUGACACUGGGAUCUGGUCCUAGUAUCACCACUGACAAUACUGAGAUCUUCAUCACUACCAUUGGAGAGGAUGCUACUGGUGGUCUUCCAUCUCUCACUUGUCACACUGACCUCACUACCUGCUGUAGAAACAAUGACAACAAUGGUAAUGGAGGACUAGGACAGUGGAUGUAUCCUGAUGGGAGUGUGAUACUGUGGAAUAGUGCCUCAGCGACUGCUGGACAGCAGUUCUACGUUCUAAGGAAGGCACCUCAGGUCAUCAGACUGGCUCGUAGAGAGGCUAACAACCCUGUCACUCCAACUGGGUCCUACUGUUGUACUGUACCAACUACUGGAGGAGAUAUGACCCUCUGUGCCAACCUGGUUGCACCUACUUCAGUCACAUGUUCUGAUAACCUCCCGACCAUCUCUAAUGGAGGCAUACUCUAUGCUGGUGGAUCCACUAACAACAGACCAGUGGGAGCUACAGCCAGUUACAGCUGCUUCCCUCCCUACACUCUGGUUGGAGUGUCAGUGAGGACUUGUGGGAGUGAUGGAGAGUGGAGCUCAACAACAGCUCCAGUGUGUCAGAUGAUAACCUGCUCUGACCUACCCUCACUGGCAAAUGGAGACAUUGACUAUGGAGGUGGUGGAUUCCCUGACAGCAGACAAGUGGACACUGUGGCCACCUACACCUGUAACCCUGGCUACACUCUCAAUGGAAUCAGCAGCACCACCAGGACUUGUGGGAGUGAUGAAGUGUGGAGUGGGUUUGCUCCAACUUGUGAGCCUGACUGCUCUGACUUACCAUCACUGAACAAUGGGAUGAUUAUGUACAGUACUGGAUCCACUAACAACAGACCUUUCCUCACUAGUGCUGUGCACUCCUGCAACACUGGCUACACUCUCACUGGAGGUACCAGCAGGGUCUGUGUGGAUGGAGGGAUCUGGAAUGGGUCACCCCCAACUUGUCAGCAGAUAACCUGCUCUGAUCUAGUAUUACCCACACUGAUGGUUUCCUACAAUGGUGGAUCCCCUGACAACAGACCAGUGAACACUGGAGCUACCUACAGCUGUAGUAAUGGCUACACUCUCACUGGAGGGGACACUACCAGGGUCUGUGUGAGUGGAGGGAGCUGGAGUGGGUCAACUCCAACUUGUCAAGGACCCACUGAACCUCCACCGACUACCUGUCCUGACCUCACUGUACCAGCCAAUGGAGUGAUCAUCUACAGUCAAGCUACCACCCCCAGACUAGAGGGAACCAUGGCUACACAGAUCUGCUUGAAUGGAUACGUACCCUCCACUACCAGCACUGCUAUCAGAGUGUGUGGAGCUGACAGAUUGUGGAAUGGAUCAGCUCUCACUUGUCAAUUACCUCCUGUCUACGUCUCCAUGGGAACCACCAACUAUGCUGCUAAUAACUCACAGGUUGCCAUAGAGACCAUCGGAGAUACCACUGAGACUGUAUUGACUUGCAGAACUGACUCAACUAUUUGCUGUACAGGAGAAGAUAAUCCCAAUAGUGCCAAUGGAUUAGGAUAUUGGCUACUACCGAAUGGAACAGCUGUCACAAGGAGUCCGGAUAUUCAUAGUACUGAUUCGGACACAGAUCUACUGUACAGUGUUGGAGAUACAGGUGCACUCAGACUCCAUCGUCGAGGGUAUGUGUCAGGCCCCACUGGCUCCUACUGCUGUGUGAUUCCUGACAAUACUGGAGUAGAUGUGACAUUCUGUGUGCAGUUAGUGACUGAAUUCAUCACUAGCAACCUCCCCACAGGCCCUGGUGGAACUAGCAGCACAGGAGGUGUGGUGGCAGGUGUAGUCAUUGUGUUACUCAUUCUAGCCGCUGUCAUUGUGGUGGGUAUCAUUGUCGGGGCCUGCAGCUGCUGGAGAUGCAAGAGAGGAGGGGAAAUGACUGUUCCUCGAGAUAUCUCCCUUACUGACCAGGGUCAAAGUGCAGCUACUAUCUACGAGACUGUCCCUGCCAUUUACGAGGAGAUCCCAGGCUCCAGAGAGGUCAAAGGUGACUACAGCUACACACAGAAUGAUGCCUACUCGACUGUGAGUGGGCGUGAGGCUCCAACUGCUGGAGGAAUAUGAUUUAUCACAUGACUUGUUUUAGUUACAUACAAUAUCAGCCCCUCCCUAGGCCUUCACAAUAAUUUGAUGUGAUGUUUAUAGCUGCAAGCUUCUUAAAUGAAUCUCGGCAUGUUUUGCUUUUUAUAUAUAGUGUAGAAGAUGUCACUUUAUUAGUGUAAUAAUGUAUUUAUGGCUAUUAUUAUAUACCAUCUUG